AUGAAAAUGGAUCUCUUGCUAGACAAAGGCCUGACCCUGAGUUGGACUCUGGCCAUCCAGAUCCUCUUAGCAACCAUCACCUCCAUCAUCAUCUACCGCCGCCACCUCCACCCCCUCUCCCCCAUCCCCGGCCCACCCUUCGCCUCCAUCUCCCGUCUCUGGCACAUCUACCACAUCCUCAAAGGCGACCAAAACCUCCAGCUCGUCUCCCUCCACAAAAAGCACGGACACUUUGUCCGCCUCGCCCACAAUGAAGUCUCCGUCUCCCAUCCCGACGCCAUCAAGAAAAUCCUCGGGAGUCAGCUCAAGAAAGGUCCCUGGUACCGCAUGACUGCCAUUCCAGACUACCGCUUCCAGAGUCCCAUGGCGACCACCGACCCAAAAAAGAAAAUGGAGAAAAGCAAGGCUUUUGCUUCGGGGUAUGCCCUCACCAACGUGCUGCGGUCAGAGCCUCAGCUCGACAACGUCAUCUCUUUGCUUCUUGGCCAUCUUGAUGGUUUUGCCAGGACGGGGAAGGAGGUGGGUUUGGAUAAGUAUUUUACGUUCACUUCGUUCGAUGUAGCGGGGGAGAUCCUCUUCUCGAGUCAAUUCGGUUUCCUCGAGACAGGGACUGAUGUCGGUAAUGCGAUUGCGAAUGGGUACUGGCUGUCAAUGUACGCGUCUGCCAUGGCGUUUUUUUAUCACAUCCACGUCGCGUUAUUGGGGAACCCGUUUAUCACCUGGCUUAAUAUCCUACCGUAUGGACAUCUCUUUGAUACAGCCAUCAAAGCGAUGAAAGCCCGUUUACAGGACAAGAGAGACGAAUCGAGGUUUGAUAGUGUGGAGUAUUGGUUUAGGGCGAUGGAGAAGCAUCCUGAGAAGAUAAAGUGGAGGGAUGUACAGGCUGUUACUGUCAGUACGGUGGGAGCGGCAAGUGAGACUGUUAGUUGCGCGUUGCAGAGUUUUGUGUACUACAUGAUACGGACUCCUGGGGCUUGGGAAAGGGCUAGGAAAGAGGUGAUCGAGCUGCAAGAGAAGGAAGGGGGACGAGAGGAAAGGGUGGUUAGCUGGGGGCAGGCGAAGAGGUUGGUUUAUCUGCAGGCUUGUUUGAAUGAGGGACUGAGGAUGUUUGCACCUGUGCCGAUGAACUUGCCUAGGGUGGUGGGACCUGAGGGAUUGGAGAUCGGGGGGAGGCGCUUUGAGAAGGGGUCGAUUUUGUCUGUGAAUUCUUGGGUUAUGCAUUUUUCGGACGAGAUAUGGGGGGAGGACGCCGGGGAGUUCAAGCCAGAGAGGUGGUUGAGGGAGGAUGCAGGGGAGUUGGACAGGUGGUUUAUGCCUUGGGGUUAUGGCUACAACUCUUGUCCCGGACAAAAUAUUGCAAGACUUGAAUUGAGCAAGAUUGCGGCCACGCUGGCCAGGGACUAUGACAUCUCACAGGUAAAUCCGGAGCAGGAGUGGAAGUGGCAAGCCUUUUUCACGGUUGUCCAACACUCGUGGCCUUGCUACAUCAAAGCCAGGAAGACCAUAACCAAUGAAUCAAGUUGUAAGGUACCUUGGCGUUAA